AUCACAAAUCCUACAAGCAUUUCUUUACUUUCCGAGCUAACGUUCGAUUUUUACGUUUUAAAAAGAAUUAUUGAUGCUUUUUUCCCUUGUUGUUAUUGCUAUAAUGUUGACAUUGGACAAGACAAAUGUAAAAAAAGCACAUUUGAAGACUGAACGCUGCGUGGGACGCGCGCACGGAGGGGAAGACACUCCCGGAAAUAACAUGCGUACACGCAGCCUGUCACGUACGCUCAAGAGUGGAUUUGCAUUGCUGUGGGCUGCGUCCAAACAGCCUCAAAAAUGUUUUUAGAAUAAUGCAAUCCACCCGACAGCUUGGAGGGUGAGAGAUGAUGCUUGCAAAGGAAAAACAAGUCUCGGACAUGAAAGCAGUUGCAGCAGAGCUCCUCUACAUCACGGCACCCAGUGGUUUGGCGAGAAGAUGAAGCGCCGACGUGGGCUACGUGCACAUCAUACCGUGCAAGACGAGAUGAAAUGGAGACUUGGAGACGCACGGACCUUUUAAAGCCGAGAUUGGAUGCAGCUUCAGCGUCUCAAGAGAAAAGGAUCAGCGGACUGCAGCUUGCCUGCUCACCGGCAGAGGUUGUGUACACCCACCCAGAGGACAUGGGACUCAACAGAUUGUGCGGGGCGGCAAUCGGGGCGCCAACCACUGAAGAUUUUCUGGUGGGUCUAGCCGAACCCGCUGGACUCACGACCCCGACAAAACAAUGCAGAACCGGCGUUCCGCUCCACGAUGGCGCCAUCGUAUCUCCGUCUGUGGAGGGGAGCCCCCCGGGUGCUUUGGCUCACACGCCGAACCCGGCACAAAUGAAGGGCACAGCUGGGACCUCCGCAUACCCCCUCACCAGUCGAGCCUGUCUAGUGGAGAAUGGCGACCCUGUUUUGAUUCGGAGGCUCAACAAUGACUUAAGAACCAAACAACAGAAAAGAAGAGGUGGGGAGAACCGUGACUUGGGAUUAGAGACUCUCACCGGGUCACCAGAUUUAGGAUCUUCUGCUGAUUCAGGUUUUCCCUUGGGGGAGUCAGACUUGAAGCGAAGGAGGUUGGCUGAUGGAAGUAUUGCUCACAAAUGCGCCAGACUGACUCCUGACUGCAUUAGAAGUUGCUACGGUGACCAGAUGAGUUCCAGUCACUGUGUCACUCCCCAGACCCUCUUGGCCCCCGCAGUCCCUCCGAGUUUCCAACACAACAUAUAUCAGUUGGCAACCCCCUGCAGUCAAACCUCCCCCGUGGAGGCUGACGGCAUCCCCACCUCGCCCCCUUCAGAGGGGUCUGGCUGGUCAGCGGAGAGCAUUGCCCUGCAGUACAUCGUGCCCUGCAUUAAGUACUACGGCAUAUGCGUGAAGGACAACUUCUUGGGCCCUCUGCUGGGCGAGCGAGUCUUGGAGGAAGUCGAAGUCUUAAACCAGAGUGGGAAAUUCCGCGGCGGGCAGCUGGUGAGCCAGAGGGGCAUUCCGUCUCGGAACAUCCGGGGUGACCAGAUUGCCUGGGUGGAAGGACAUGAGACUGGAUGUAAGAACAUCGGGAUGCUGAUGGCCCAUAUUGAUGAGGCUGUCAUGUACAGUGCGGCCAACGGACAGCUGGGGGACUGUGUCAUCAAUGGACGUACUAAGGCCAUGGUUGCGUGUUACCCGGGUAAGGGUGCCGGUUAUGUUCGCCAUGUUGAUAACCCUAAUGGUGAUGGACGCUGCAUCACAUGUAUCUACUAUCUCAACAAGAACUGGGAUGUCCAGACACAAGGAGGGUUGCUGCAGAUCUACCCUGAAGGAAAAAAUGUGGUUGCAAACAUCGAACCCUUGUUUGACCGACUGCUGAUCUUCUGGUCCGACCGCCGGAACCCACAUGAAGUCAAGCCAGCCUACGCCACUCGCUACGCCAUCACAGUCUGGUACUUUGAUGCCAAAGAGCGAGCAGAGGCAAAAGAGAAAUACAGACUGGCAACGGGACAGAAAGGUGUUCAAGUGCCUGUCAGUCAGAACAGCAGGACAUGAAUCUCAUCUUAAUCACUGGAGAGCGAGCAUGAAGGCAGCAUGUGCCUUUCUGAGCUCUUAAUGGAUGUCAUAAAGGGAGACGCUGUUCAAGUGUCACUGCUCUCUGCAGCUAAUGGAGCAGAGCGGGCAGGGAGUCCUUCGACAUGGAGAGGAAAGAAAGGGUCCUCUUCUUCUUAGGACAGCCCACUGACGUCUCACAGAGGAGAACCGCUAAUCAGGAUAACAGUGAGGAGAAUAUGGUACCUGUUCAUGCAGUACUGACCUUACAUACUAAAAACACUCUUGCAAUCUUUCAGGAGAAAGAAGCACAAUAAACAUUUUAGGACAGAAUUUCAAUAAUGCACAGAACACGAGGGAAAACUUUACAUGUAUGAUCUCUGUAGAACGGAUGUGGACACAUCGCUUCAGGUCUCAAACAGGGUCUCAUGUGUGAGUGUGUCAUGCACCGAUAUACCUUUAUAUUUGUUUAAAAAAAAAAAAAGAGAUAAAAGCAGCACAAAACCAUAAUGUGAACAUCUACCACAUACAGGAAAUGAAUCUAAAGAAAUAACUACUGUAGAUGCCCUACCAUUUAAUGAGCGUUUAUUUACUUCAACUCUAACUGUAAACAACCCUAACACGCAUGAGUCUCUCACCGAGGGCUGCAGAGCUCCAUCAAGCUGCUGGUUGGUGACCACUCAAAGCAGCUCUUGAAAUAUUAGAAACAUCAAGAGGUUGCCUACAGCCACACGUUUUUUUUUUCUUCCUCCAGUUAAAUCAAUAGAGGCGUUAAUUGUGAGUGUUAACGGUCCAGAACUGGGGUGUCCCAAGUGUGAUAUUUUUUUUGGCUGUGUUUUUAUGAUAUAAAAAUACAAAAAAAGGUGUGGGGGGGGGGGAUUUAUGAGAAUAAAGGCAAAAUACACUGACCAAAACUUCCAAUGCAACACAAUUUUGAAAUAUUUGGUGUACGUAAAUCGUGAUAUUGUUUUUAGUCAAGAUAAAUGAUUACACAUUGAAAGCUCAGAAAAUUGUUUUUAUUUUGUCGUGUGGGCAGCUGCUUCCGCUUAAUUGCACAUUGUUUGGAACUCAUUGACCAUUUCUUCCAAAAUGUGUUCAAUAAAUAGCCGUAGCAAUGCGCAACUUCAAUAUUUCUUUGCAUUGUUAUCGGUCAACGCGUGACCAUGCAGCGCCUAGGUCAAAAUCGGCAAGAACGAGCCGUCAGAAUGCUAACUGGUGGAAUGUCGCAAGGAACUUUAGCAUCCAUGUGUCACCCAUAUAACGUUGCUGUAGCCAGUAUAGGGAAACAUGGGGCCGCAUCGCACAGGCGGAAAUUUGGCAAUUAAUUGACUCCAUUCAUGGCAGAAUCCAGGCUGCGUGACGCCAGAGAAGCUCAUACAAGAUAGCGACUUUGGUGAGCAGGUGACUCUGAAACUGUGUUUUGGAUUUAUUGUAAGAAAAUGACGUGUUACGGUAAAUCCAAAUGUUGCGUUGGAAGUUUUCGUGAGUGUAUUAGAAGAAGUCAUAAGAGAAAAAAUAAAAGUGCAAAAAAAAAAAACACAACAAAGAGUAGCAAUUAUAGAAUUCAAAAUAUUAUGAGACUAAAGACAGAAAAAGUAUACAAGUUUUUUUUUAUAUACAAUAAAUGUCUUUUGCGUAACUAAAUUGCCCCCUGCAUCCAAAAAAGUCAGGACACACCGGUAUAGAAGGACCUGUACAUGUAAAACAGUAUGACACCUGUAUUUAAAAUACAUUUUCAAAUAAAAAUACAAAAUAAUAUUAAAAAGAGUCAUUAAUUCACAAUAUAACGUAACUGUGCUCCCAAGUAAAACUAGAAGGACAAAUGACAUUAGCAAUCAACGCUAAUCAUCUUGAUCCAACUCUGGUAUUGGAUGUCAUUGGAAUGUGCUGGUGAGUUUAAUCCUCAGUAGUUCUCCAUUCAAACAUGUAUACAGUAUACAGUAUACAGUAUACGGUAUACGGUAGUAGUACCAAGCACACACUCACUCGUAUGUCUGCUCCUGUGUGCAUGUGUGUGACUCUUCUAAUGUGAUACAACUACUGUCUUGAUGAUGGUUACAGGUGUUUGUUAGCCUGCUUUAAAAAAAAAAAAAGUUAUUUUACAGGGGAAAAAAAGCACUUUAUUGAGUGAAAUGCCUGUGACUGUUGAAUAAGUAUGUUAAAAAAAAGGCCAGCCUGUGCCUGAUAAAGCUACUCUUGACUUGCUGUAGUAGUUGAAGAAAGCGCAAUAAUGUAUGUCUUUUUUUUGUUUAACUUAACAAUCAAUCUGUUGUAAAAUACUGUGCGAAUGGUCUAAAAAGGAAAUUAAAUUCAGUCUAAUAAUAA